AUGUGCUACGAAUCAAGACCAGAUGGAAUUCUGGAUAAAAAACAACACACAGGCAGUGCGCUGGGCAGUCCCGCGGCUCCGUCUCCUGCUACGGCGGUGUGUGGACGGAACAGACCCAGGGGCGCCCCUCGCUCCCGCCUCCGACCCCCUCCAACCUGUGUUCCACUCGCAACCUUCGGAACCAGCCGCUCAGCUGUCCUCGGCCACCGGGACCGCCAGCACCAUAUUUUGAGCUUAACGCCGUAUUACCGAUCCACCACGAGCUCCCAGAUUCGUCAGAAUGAUUCCGCCGAGGUGGAGGCCGCCGUCAACCGCCUGGUCAACAUGCACCUGCGGGCCUCGCGCACCUACCUCUCUCUGGGCUCCUAUUUCCACCGCCACGACGCCGCUCUGGAGGGCCUGGGCCACUUUCUCCGCGAAGUGCCCGAGGGGAAGCGUGAGGGCGCCCAGCGCCUCUUGAAAAUGCAGAAACAGCGCGGCGGCCGCGCCCUCUUCCAGGACGUGCAGACGUCUCAGGAUGAGCGGGGUGAAACCCAGGACGCUGUGGAAGCCGCCAUUAUCAUGGAGCAGAACCUGAACCAGGCCCCUGCGGACCUGCACGCCCUGGGCUCUGCCCGCGCAGACCCCCGCCUCUGGGACUUCCCGGAGAGCCGCCUCCUAGAUGAGCAGGUGAAACUCAUCCAGAAGAUGCGCGAUCACCUGACCAACCUCCGCAGGCCGGCUGGUCCCCAGGCGGGGCUGGGCGAGUCCUCGUCGAAAGGCUCACCCUCCAGCACGACUAGGAGCCUCCGGAGCCCAGCGGCCUUUGAGGAGCCCCUCUGGCAGCAUUUAAAAGCUAAUGAAAAAGCAAGGAAAUACCAGGCCAAAAACCAAGAGAAAGCAGGAGUCUAUAGAAAGAAACAGAGUUUCAAAGCCCAGAAUCGCUUUUAUCCCAAGGGAUUUGCUAAUAAGGAACACUUGUGCUUCAGUUUUAGCAGCUUAAUGGGGAAAUUUGGACGCAAAACAACCCAAGAGUACUGUAUCAAAAUGGGGGAAAGUAACUUUACAGUGGAGAAACCUAGCAAGCACUACGUCAACCAGGUGAUCAAGGUCAACAUUGCCAGUGAAAUUGCAGAAAGAUAUAUUUCCUACAAAGGAGAAACAGACUGA